AUGGCUGCAUCAACCUCGAAUCAGGUCAUCCUGAAGAAGUACCAGGACCUCGACCAGAAGGGCUCGAUUAUGGCCGAGUACAUCUGGAUCGAUGCUGAGGGCAACGUCCGCUCCAAGUCGAGAACCCUGGCACUCAAGAAGGAGGGCUACCAGCCCCAGGACCUGCCCGUUUGGAACUUUGACGGCUCCUCCACUGGCCAGGCCCCCGGUGACAACUCAGUCGACUUUGAAGAUGUCUACCUCCGACCCGUCGCAGUCUUUCCGGACCCCUUCCGUCUGCACGACAACAUCCUGGUCCUGACCGAGUGCUGGAUGUCCGAUGGCACUCCCAACAAAUUCAACUACAGACACGAGUGCGCCAAGAUCAUGGAGGCUCACAAGGACAAGAAGCCUUGGUUUGGCCUUGAGCAGGAGUACACCCUUCUUGACCUGAACGACCGCCCCUUCGGCUGGCCCCAGGCUGGUUUCCCUGCUCCCCAGGGGCCGUAUUACUGCGGUGUUGGCGCUGGCAAGGUUGUCCAGAGAGAUAUCGUUGAGGCCCACUACAAGGCCUGCCUCUACGCCGGUGUCAAGAUCUCGGGCACUAAUGCCGAGGUCAUGCCCGCCCAGUGGGAGUACCAGGUCGGCCCCUGCGAGGGUAUUGAGAUGGGUGACCACCUCUGGCUCGCCCGUUUCCUCCUGAGCCGUGUUGCUGAGGAGUUUGGCGCCAAGGUUUCUGUCGACCCCAAGCCUAUGCCCGGUGACUGGAACGGUGCUGGUCUGCACUCCAACUUCUCCAGCGAGGAGAUGCGUGUAGAGGGUGGCAUGAAGCACAUUGAGGCCGCCAUCAAGAAGCUUGAGGGUCGCCACCUGGAGCACAUUGCCGUUUACGGUGAGGGUAAUGAGAAGCGUCUUACCGGCCGCCACGAGACCGGUUCCAUCGACAAGUUCACCUACGGCGUUGCCGACCGUGGUUCCUCCAUCCGUAUCCCCCGUGAGUCCGCAGCCAAGGGCUACGGCUACUUCGAGGACAGGAGGCCCGCAAGUAACGCCGAUCCCUACCGCGUAACUCUCGCCCUCAUGGAGACGAUAUUUGCUUAA